AUGACUUCUGGUCCAACUCCAGCCUUUCCACCAGGCUCCUGGAUUCUUGUUACCGGCGUGACUGGCCAUAUUGCCUCUCACGUAACCUUACAGCUCCUGCAGCGUGGUUACAAAGUUCGAGGCACCGUCCGGGAUCUCAUUUCCGCCUCCUGGCUGGUUGAUGAUCUAUUCAAAAGUGCCGCCGUGUCCGGGAACUUUGAACUAACUCUGGUGUCAGAUUUCGGCAAUCCAGAUGCCUUCAAAGACGCCAUAAAGGGAGUCUCCGCUAUUGCACAUAUAGCCACUCCGAAUAAUUUCGACCCGGACCCGUCGAAAGUUAUCCCGGUAACGGUUGGAGCUGCAACGUCUAUAUUGAAAGCUGCUGCUUCUGAGCCUUCCGUCAAGCGGUUUGUUUACACUAGCUCAGUUGCGGCGGCUGCGACGCAGAGGCCCGGCAACCAUACACAUGUCGGACGAGAUACGUGGAACGACUGGGCGAUCGAGAUUGCCAAUGCCCCACCACCUUAUGAAGCUUCUCGGGGGCCAGCUGUCUAUAGCGCAGCUAAGGCUAAAGCAGAGAAGGCGGUAUGGAAUUACUUUGAAGAAGAGAAGCCGCCAUUUGCUAUCAAUGUUGUAAGCCCGUUCGCUACGAUUGGGCCGGUGUUGCAUCCCAGUCAGCCUGGCGCUACGUCUUUGUGGAUCAAGGAACUAUUAAAUGGAGACUUAUCAUCUACGAAUAUAGUCCCCAACUCCUUGCUAGAUGCGGAGGUUAACGGACGUCGUUUGCAGGCUUGGGCAGAGCCAGCGAACUGGAAUGACUUGCUGAGAACUUUGCGGAAGCUCUGUCCCAACAAUACCAGUAUAGCCUCUGAUAUCCCAAACGAAACAAAUAUUGAGUUAACGACAGACACGACCAAAUGUAUCAACUUGUUGAAGAAAUGGGGCGACCAGAACGGAUUUAGAACAACUGAGGAGGCUGUAAAAGAUACACUGGCUCACUGGAAAUUGGUCUGA